CUGUUACAUAAUACAUCUUUUAUUUUCAAAAUUAGAUUCAUUCGAAUAUCUUGAAUAAUUUAUUAGUCUCGACUAUUCGACUAUUCGGUUAGUAUUGUAUUCAUGAUGUUAUAUAAUUUAUAUUCGACAACUUAUUUUCGAUCUCGCCCAGAAAGUUGAGUAGAUUGAAUAUUCGCGGAUAACAUGACGGACACACCUGUGGUGGCAACACUGUAAAACGGAAAUGCGCAGCAAGUCAGAGCACGGAAUCUCUAGCGGUCAGUACGCAGCUGUGCCUCAUGUGUUUAUCAAUAUGGCGUCUGUCGUUUGAUUUGAAUUUGUUCGUUAGCCUAAGGCUUGCCCGACGCGAGUGUUGUGCUGCCGAUCGUGAGGAAGAGUUCUAUGAGGUCUUGGCGACUGGUGUUGAAUUGACGUCCACGUUUCCUCGACUACGCACAAUGGAUAACUUCAUAAAAAUAGAGAAAAUCGGAGAAGGUACGUAUGGAGUAGUAUAUAAAGGAAAGCACAAGAAGACUGGAGAAAUUGUAGCGAUGAAGAAGAUUCGUUUGGAAAGUGAUGACGAGGGAAUACCAUCGACUGCUAUUAGAGAAAUUUCAUUGCUUAAAGAGUUAUCUCACCCAAACAUAGUUAGCUUGAUCGAUGUGUUAAUGGAAGAAUCAAAACUUUAUCUUAUUUUCGAGUAUCUCACCAUGGACUUGAAAAAAUAUAUGGAUAGUUUAGGCAACAAGAUGAUGGAACCAACUGUAGUCAAAUCAUACUUAUAUCAGAUUACACGUGCAAUUUUGUUUUGUCACAAGCGUAGAAUAUUGCAUCGUGAUUUGAAGCCACAGAAUUUGCUGAUUGAUAAGACUGGUAUCAUCAAAGUAGCAGACUUUGGACUAGGAAGAGCCUUCGGAAUUCCAGUCAGAAUAUAUACACAUGAAGUUGUAACUCUAUGGUAUAGAGCACCUGAAAUUCUUCUCGGUGCUACUAGAUAUUCAUGUGCGAUUGAUAUGUGGAGUAUUGGAUGUAUCUUCGCAGAGAUGGCAACCAAAAAACCAUUGUUUCAGGGAGACAGUGAAAUUGAUCAACUUUUCAGGAUAUUUCGGAUACUAAGAACGCCGACAGAAGAAAUAUGGCCAGGCGUAACACAAUUGUCGGAUUACAAAGCGACAUUCCCGAACUGGAUGACGAAUAAUUUGGAGUCGCAAGUAAACACGCUGGAUGCAGAUGGAUUAGAUCUAUUGCAGGCUAUGCUCACAUAUGACCCCGUGUACAGAAUAUCUGCUCGGGCGGCAUUACAACAUCCAUACUUUAGCGAUUUGGAUACCUACAAAAUACCUGCUGCAUAAAACAGAAAUCACUCGAAAAGGAAAGAAAAAAGGAAUAAAUUGUUAUUUCACAUUUUAAUCGUGUGACUACGUGAAGAGUAUGUC